CACAGCGGGACGGCCUCGUCGGAUAUCGUCGGGCUGCUUUUGCUGCGACGUGUUUUUUUGCGCCGGUUCUUGUAGAAUAGCUAUGCAGUAGUGUAGUGCCUCUGGUGGUUCCUGGUCGGUUAGUGUGAAGGUUAGUUUUCUCCCCUCAAGUGUCAUCCUUCCAACCAGCCAUGAAGCUGGUAUCGGGUGGGACGGACCUGCUCUUCGAGCAGUACAGCAUCCAGCAGAUCCAGGAGAUCGAGCAGAACAUCAGGGCCGACAUCGAGAUGAAGAAAGAGGAUCUUCGGCAAAUGGUCGGCGAGCGGUACCGAGACCUCAUAGAGGCUGCGGACACCAUAGCCAAGAUGAAGCAGACCUCAGAAAGCGUGAAAAGCUACGUGGCCCUUCUGACAGAACAGUGCCGGGACCUCCAGCAAGCGUGCCAGAGCAAGGCCGGCAGGGCCCCCCUGGCUGCCUGCCCCGAGCACUGGGCCCUGGCACACCAUUAUGCCAUCCUGGCCCAAGUCAAGCUCCUGGUGGACCUGCCUUCCAAGAUCUGGGCCGAGGUGGAGCGUGGUGGCUGGGUGCGUGCCUCGUGCUGCCUCCUGGUGGCCCAGCAGACGCAUGUGCAGCUCGACCUUGGGGCACGCACGGCCCAGCGGGGAGCCCUCAGGCCCUGGCGCACCCUGGUCGCUCGCCAGGGCGCCUCCUUGGCCUCCUUCCACCAGAGCAUCUUGCAGAACUGCUGGAAGAAUCUGCUGUCUCUGGAGCUGUCGGUCGAGCUGGCCCUGGAGUGCCUCUGCGGCGUUUCCCUCCUCGAAGGGUCGACGCCAUCGGAGAUCCUGGCCAAGUUUCUUCGCAAGAGACUGGGCCUGGUGGAAAGCAUCUUCGGCUCGGAAGAACACGGUUCUUCGACCAGAGAGCAGAUGACCCAGCUGGCAACCCUCUUGCUGACCAGUCUGGAGCUGGUCCAACGCCUGUUUCUGCCGAGCAACUCUCAGUCGCGCGAUCGCCUGGGCCGACCUCCCAGCCUUGUCGAAGCCAAACUCCUACUGGCCUCACAGUCCGACGUCUCCGACCUGGUGAACUUUGCCGAGAGCCCGUCGUUUCGCUACCUUCCACAGGCCAUCAGAGAGUACCGCAUCGGGGCAAAUGUCCAAGAAGGCGGCCUUCCCACAGAGCACGUGCAGAGGGAGUGCCGGGACUUUGUCUCCAAGCUGGAGGAAAGCUCGGGCCCCCACGUGGUUUCUCGACUACGUAACCUUCAAGGGCUGCGGGCUCUCGCGCAGGUCUGCUCGUCCGUCAGGAACAUCCUCGGCCAGGAAGGGCCAUCGUCGAAAGCGUGCGUUGCGGUGCUGGGAGCGGAGCUGUCUUCCAAGGAACGUUUCUUCGGUGCCAAGUUUGCGGACAGAAUCAAGGAAAUAAUGACCGCGCAGCUGGAGGGUGCCAUGACCGCCUGCCUGAACACUCUCGUCUCGACACGAGCCAAGAGUCGAGAAACUGGGACGUCGCCGUUGGAUCGGGAGUGCGAUGCCUUCACCUGGUCCGAAUCCCCGGUGGAUGCCUUGCUGUUUGGCGGUCGCGACACCACCAAGGGGCCAGGCUCCCUAACUAUGAAGACGCGCGGUCUCUCACCGCAAGUGCAGGCGAUCUGCCUAUGUCUGGACAAGCAGCUGGAGGCAUUGCUGGGAGAACUUGAGUGCUUCCCUGCGGAGCACCGAGACCCCGACACUUGGGCAAUGGUGGAGGACCACCUUGCUGGCGCCGCUACCGCGAUCCUUAACAGGUGGCUUUCCUUUGUGGAAGAGGAGAAGACGAGCUCUCCUGAAGAGGCGGACUGGUUGGCGCUCCUGGGUCAGGUGUGCCAUGGCCUUGGGGAGCUGUGUCCGGCUCUGGAGCGCUGCUUCCCGGCUGUCCCAAAGAAGGCUUCCUCCGCGGCCAAGGACCUCGUGUCGUGGCAGAAGCAGAAGAUGGCCCUGUCGGAGCACCGCGACGCAGCCUACAGGGCAUGCAUGGUGGUGAUCGUGAGAAAGGAGGCGGCACGCUUCAGGGAACGGAUGACUUCCGGAUCUGUGGACGACGUCAUGGCCUCGCUGCUGACGUGGAGCGAGGUGAAGAUCCAGGAGGAGACGGAAGGUGGCAGCACGGUUCAGUCCACCCUGAGGGUGCCGCUGCAGGUGACGGUGGCCCUCCAGGAACUGCUCUUCUCCGUCUGCCAGGAGGUGAACCGCAUCUUCGGACACUCCCUGAGCAGGGCGGCCCAGGCGGAGGUGAGCCGGUCCGUGCUGGCCGAGCUGGAACCGACAUACGUGCUCUCGGCCAGGGCGGUGUCUUCGUGCAGCCCGGCCUCGCUCUCCCAGAACUGGGCCCUCCAGCUCCUGCUGGAUCUCAGCGUGCUCUCCCAGCUUCUCCAGGGCGACGUCGGCGUGACGUGGAGUGCUCUCGAGUCAUAUGUGGACCCCUUCGAUUUGGAUGUGGUGGUCCCCCACCUAGAAAAGCACGCCGCGCUGGCGGCACAGCAGGCCUCGCUCCUGUUGGGUCUGUGCCUGUCACCCCAGCGGUUCGUUUGCGAGCGGCCGCCGCCGCCCCGGUCGACGGGGGCUGUGCUGGGACACAACGUGCUCCCGCUCCACUCGGUGGCCGGACGCUUCCCGCUGCUCCCGACGCUUUCCCGCUUCCUGGAGCAGCCGGACUCGCGAUCCGCAAACUCCCCCGACCAGCCGCCCAAGUCCUCUUCUGGGCCAGACCUGAGCAAGAUGGCACCCUCCCUGACUGCGAGCCAAUCUACUCCCGUGCUGCACGCUUCUCCCUCCUUUUACGAGAAAAUGGCCACCACCAUGCGGUCCAGCUGGUUUGGGGCUCAGUGAAGGCCGGGAAUACGGGGGACGUCUUCUUGCACCUCUUGCUCAUCUCAGGGGUUCAGGAGGGGACAGAAGUCUGACAGGACAGAUGGUCUCAUGGACAUAGGGGGGUGCAAAAAUUGGACUGGAGCACUACAGUUUUUCAGCACUAACAUUUGUGGUAUGGAUAGUACCGAAAGAUAGAGGGACAGAGCAGUGAAAAAGAAAGCAAACAACCUGUUAGGUGUGUUUGUUUUGCAGCGACACAUUGCACUUGUUCGAGCACUUGACAACUUUAGUUGUUUCUUUUAUAUAAUGCACAACACCGGUGUUUAGUUUUCGAAAAUAAUGAGAGGAAAAGACAAAGAAUGAGCCUUGCAAGUUGUUAUGCUACUUCUUUGUGUUUAAUAAAGAUUUUUUUAACAAUCUGGG